AUGGCGAUAUUUGAGAAGUCGAUGGUUACACCGACCCUUUUUGCAAUCGCAGCGCUAGUCCAUGGAAACAAUUUAAAUGGAAAUAUAACGAAUGAGGUGCAAGAGAUAACAGUACAAACAACUGAUAAACAGACAGCUAAGUCAACAUACAAAUGGACCAAACCUUCUACCAAUAAGGAACGAAAUGAAACAAUCAACGAAUAUUAUCAGGAUUCCCGCUCUACCAGUAUUUGGGCCAAGGUAACAGAAAAGCAAAGCACAGGUAUUAACAUAAACCAGUCUGUAGAACAAAAAGUAUCCACCGUUCCAAGCAUUGGUGAUGAUCACUUCCGAAUCGAUAAUUUCACAAACAAAUGGACCACCGAUUCAUCUUCUACCAUAAAUUCACUACCACCCAUAAUUCCAGCAGCUACUCUAGGCGUCGGGGUUGUUGUCAUGGUGUUAAAUGCUCUGGUAAUGGUGGCAUCUGCCAGAAACUCCGAACUCCGACAAAACACAAACUAUAACCUCGUUAUGGGUCUGUCCCUAAGCGACUUCUUGAUGGGGUACAGCUCAUUCAUUGCAGGGAGUAGAUUACUUUUCCCCCAAUUUUCUGGAGCAAUAGUUUGGUGCCUCAUGGUAAAUUUAGGUGGUAUUACUAGUCUGAUCAUGUCGCUUUUUCAGGUUUUCUUAAUAAGCUUUCAUCGGUUCCUCGUCCUUUCAGAAAGUGUCUGGGCACAACGACUCUUUGACGGCAAUCGAAAAUAUUACAUUUACAUUGUAAGUUGGGCAACAACAUGCACUCUUAUUUCUUUGCUUGUUUCACCGGUCAGAGAUCAAUCCAAAUGCUUUUAUACAACCGUCUUUGGUCAAAAUAUCCACAUUGUACGACAAAUUUUGUGCGUUAUAAGCUCAACCUUCUUGUUGCUUACUCUGAUUUUCUACGCCCUAACAAUACAUGAAGUAAGAAAACGAUACAUGAAUAUGUCAAGUGGUUCUGAUGCCGGGAAGAUGGAGGAUGUAAAGCGAAAGAGAGUCAUCAAGUCGAUGAAACUAGUGAGCAAGAUCCUGCUGGCUCUCUUUUUGUUCACUGGACCGUUUAAUAUAGCUCUCAUGUUUACUACCACUCCUCAGACGGUUGCUGUCGGUACUUUUGCAGCGGCAAAUUUCAAUUCUAUUUUAAACCCGAUCAUAUAUUGCUUUCACAUUACACAAUUAAGAAAUGAGUUGAAAUUGAUGUUUUGUCGGAAAACUAGUCAGAAAUGA